AUGACAGCAAUAAAUCGGCCAUGUUCUGCAGCCAAUCUGGAUCCGGCGAACGACAACGUACCCUACGAUGCUGCAUUCGACGUGCGCGAGCUGGUGAGCGUGGAGGAAGUGAUGGAACGCGAGGAACUUGGGCCGAACGGUGGGAUCUUGUGGGCGAUGGAGGAGGUGGAGGCGAACUUUGAGUGGUUGGAGGAGAGGUUAGAGGAGUGUGAAGAGACGAUCAUUCUUGAUCCACCGGGACAGCCCGAGCUGACGAUCCAUCACAUGGCUGUGCCCCGAAUACUGCAGCGCCUCGAGAAGCUGGACUAUCGUAUUGUUGUGGUUCAACUGCUCGAUUCGGUAGUCCUCACGCGACCCAGCCUCUACCUAAGCAGUCUUCUGCUGUGCUUGAGGGGCAUGCUUCACCUUCCAUACCCAGUCGUCAACGUCUUGACCAAAAUCGACAACCUCAAAUCCGUCGGUGGGACAGACCUCCCCUUCAAUCUCGACUUCUACACCGAAGUCCAAGACCUCCAUCAGCUCCUCCCAGUUCUCUCAGCCGAGCAAGCCGUCAACAUUGGCGGCAGCGCCAAAUGGGAAAAACUAAACUCCGCCCUCAUCGAACUCAUCGAAGACUUCGGUCUCGUAGGUUUCGAAACCUUAGCCGUCGAAGAUCGGCAUUCCAUGGCUUCGCUUCUAAAAGCCAUCGAUCGAGCGAGCGGCUACGUUUUCGCCAGUGCGAGGGGUACUGAUGAGCAGGGGAGGACGCUUGAUGAUGGAGCUAGUAUUUGGGCGCAGGCGAUGAGCGAGCAGUGGGCUGGGAAGUUGGAAGUCAAGGAUGUGCAAGAGAGGUGGAUUGAUCGGAAAGAGGAGUUUGACGAAGCGGAGAGGAAGGAAUGGGAGGAGGAGGCGAGAUGGACGAAGAUGACGAGCUACUGGCAGAGCAACGAAAGUGGGAGCAGGAAAGCUCGCAAGGCGCUGACGGGCCAACAGUCAUGA